GCCGCACGGUCAAUUGGCUCCUUGAUGACAAUUGUGAGUGGAGGCGGGACCGCCUGGCCGAGCUCUUUGGCGAAUCUUUAGUCCAACGCAUCUUGCUGAUUUCUACCAAUGUGGACAAUGGAACCGACCGUCCCAAUCUUGUUCAUUCCCCGUUGGCAAUGACGAUUACUGCAAUGGCUUACAAGGUGCAAUUUGCUGAUUUGGAGUAUCAAUUUAACUGGAUGCGGAAAUUAAAACUCCACCCAAGAGAACACUUCUUCUGGUGGCGGCUCUUGCUGAAUGCCCUCCCGACCAAAUGUUGGCUCCUCCGCCGUGGCCUAACGGAUUCUUCGGACUGCCCUUGGGGAUGCCGUAAUGAGGAGUCCUCGGAGCACAUUCUUAUCCAUUGUGACCUGCUCAAACUCACUUUGACCGUCCUUAAUAGAUGGGGAUUUACUAUGCCUGAAUUCCACUCCCUCGAUGAGCUCAUUGGUGGCCUGUACCAUGCGGCCUCACAUAAUCCCAGCUUUGCUCGACUCUAUUGUUACAUAAUUUACCAAAUUUGGCGUGCCCGGAACGACAAGAUCCAUGGCCGACCGCACUGCACGCCGUCUGUGAUUGCAGCCAAUGCACUUGCUAUGCUGCCGAAGCCUUACUUGAUGCCUGUCCUUGAGCAAUGGUGUACCUCUCGGCCCCUCGGGCUGUCUCCCAACAAACUUUGGUGCACCCCCCCUCCGGGUUGGGUGAAAUUUAAUGUCGACGCUUCGCUGCAGCAAUCUUCUAUUACCGGUCUUGGCGUGGUUGUCCGGGACCACUUGGGGCGCCUUGUGGUGGCCGCGGGAACUAGAGUUGAGCAAUGGGACACUACUACGGCGGAAAUCAUGGCAGCUCUUUCUAUCAAGGAUCUUAUUGAGCAAUGGAUGACCGAACUUGAGGGAAUCAUCAUCGAGGGGGACUGCCGUAAUGCUUUGCGGUGGCUCCAAGCCUCCUUUGAUCGGCGGAACAAGAUGCACCUCCAACCCGAGGGCCCCGACCUUACCUUCCUGCUGGACUUCAAGCAAGUGCUCUUUCAAUAUGUCCCUCGGCUUAGUAAUGCUCCAGCCGACUACUGUGCUCGCAUGGCCUGCUUUG